GGGCUGCGGGACGAGGAGCGUCCGUCGUGCCGGGGCACGGCCCCGCACGGGUCGUGCAGCCGAGCGCGGGCUGCUGACGCCUCCCGAACACGCAGGCACAGCCGCAGCCCGGUGAGUGAGGGUCCGUGUGCCCCGUUCCCGACGGAAAGUUCCCUGCUCUGUUUCCCGCUCCCCCCCUGCCCGGGCACUGCGGGGUUUGCAGCCCAUCCCACGCUUCUAAUUAUCCCUCGGUAACUGCCAGCCCCAGGAGGGCCCCUGCUUCCAGUGGCUGGCACGGGGAUCCGUCCAGGCAUUGAGCCAUGACAGUCCCUCGGAGCAAUGCUAGAAGGACCAGGAGCACGGGAGAGGUUCUUCUUCACUCUCCACCUCAGAGGAAGGGGUUCGGGAAAGAGAUGAAUCAAAGAGGGGUCACCAGAUCAACGGGAGGAUGCUGUGAGAUGGCCCACUGGGAAGUCUCUAUCUGCACCCCCUUGUCAGCCAUGGGAAAUGUCUCUUUGGAAGCAAUGUCCUCUGGCAGUGGAACAACAGGAGCAGACAGCUUCCCAAGGACCGGCCCCAUCCCGCCAGCACGAUGGGUGGACACCAGCACCCACCUGCCCCUGCGUGUCAGAAAGGAGGCAGGAGCAGAGCGGCUGGUCCAGCAGCAGAGAGGCCAGCGCCAAGGGAGCUGGUCCCAUCUCACGGGAGGGGAUCUCCAGAGACAAAGCAGCCCAGGCUCAGCUCACCCAGUUGGAUGUUUGACCAUGGCUGCCCUGCUCUUCCUUGCCCUGGGGGCCCUAAUCCUCAGCCAGGGCCCACGGCCAGCGGGUGAUGGGCUGGAUGAGGAGACGCGCGUGCGCAUGCGGGAGCGAGAGGAGAUGCUGAAGAGGGAGAUGGCUCGGCUGCUGCGGGAGGUGGAGAGGCAGGAGAAGGCCCUGCAUCUGAGGAGCCAGCAGCAGAGCGGCUUUGUCUGGUGGGCCUUGCAGCAGUGGCAGUCCUGGGCCCUUGCUGCAGCCCUGCUCCUGCUCUGCGGGCGGCUCAGCAAGAGGCAGCCAGCCAGCAGCAGCAGCAAGGAGGGCAGCCCCAGCAAGAAGCCGCAGAAGAGGCUGGUGUGCAAAGCCUGGCAGAAGGUGCCUCUGGCCUCGCUGGACUCCCCUGCCGCGGUGCAGGACAUGCUGCGCAAACUUCUGGACACCUGCCAGAAACUGUACCACCGCACCUGUGUGCCACGGCUGGGGCGACCCAUCAUCCUGGACGCCCCAGAAGGCUGCAGCACAGGCAGCUGUGUCUACAAGGUGCUCAUUCCCCUCUCGGCACCCCACGGACAAGCCUUCCGCCUGGAGCAGACGCCCGUGGGCUUCUACAAAAUCGGGGUUUGGCAGCGCUGCGCCUGCAGACAGCGCCUGAUCUGCUUCCGCCACUCCCCUGAGGAAGAGCUGCAGAGGUUUGGGGCUGCCAGCAUCGCGGACUCCGACCUCUGCCGUGGCCCCUACCUGGAUCUGGAGAGAACCUACUUCUGGUUUCACAGGGUGCUGGCCGAGUGCUGGAAAUUAUUCCCGCAGUUCAGGCACUACGAGCCAGAGGUGCUGGCCUCCAAGCGCUCCUGCACGCUCCGCCUGACCUCCCCUUCCCAAAGUACUCUCCUGAUAGAGAUGACAUUUGGGUUGCAGAUGAAAGCGGGCGUCUUCAAGGACGUUCAUUAG